UGUACCAAACUAACGUGUCGAGACCAGAUGACGAGCGGCAACAGUGAUAUAUAUUUUACCUAAUUGCCCAAGCAAGGGACUACAGGGAAAGUUUAAAUCCUGCGUGUUGUCCAAACGCUAUUUAAAGCCACAGCUGCCGCAGAGGAGAGCAGCCAGGGAGAGACGUGUCUGGAUGAGAGGGAUGCGGCGGCUGGUCAGGAGAUAAAUGCAACAUAUUCCUCUGUUUUCCCCUCCCCGGUCGUCCAUAUGGGCUCCUGGUUCAGCUAGACGAGCUUAUUCCUGAAGCUGGAUGUGUUUGCGGUGGUUGGGGCGGCUCCUCUCCGUAGAAAUGGGGAUAAAAUACAGAUAGGGCGUUUUUUAAGUCCACCUUUUUUUAUAUUUUGUUGUGGACAGUCGGCUAACCUUAGCAUAUUUUCGUCGGCGUGACUGCAGCUUGGGUGCUUUUUUUUCUUUGGGUUUCAACGCCUUUUUGGACAAGAGCUGUGAAGGGCCUGUGCUGGCAAACUGCGUCACCGGGUGGGCGCUGCAGGUAUUCCUUUAUAAAUCUGCAUGAGGAAAAUGAAGCCAUGGCACGAAUGAACUGGAAACCAAAGUGACUGAACCUUCAAACCCCACCAUGGAGCCAGAGGGUAAUAAUGCAACCUCCCAGAUCCAUCUAAACUCCAAUUAUACGUCUGCAUCUAAUUCUCAGUCUGAACUGACCACAAAUAUGUAUGCGGAUGCCAUGGAUGAUGGAAAUGUGAAUCUUGUGGACUCACUAGUGAGAAGCGGGAGUGACCCCAGCACCUAUCCGUCCUCCAGUUAUCAGAGGAGUGUGCAUCAGAGAUUCAUCAGGAGAAGUCUAUGGUUUUCAGAUGCAGACGAGCAGGCCUUUGAAGCACCUGAAAGCGAAAAUGGGAGGAAAAUCCUAAACAUAAACUUGCGGACGAUAGUGGACAGGACACGAGGGACGAGCUGUGGGAUACGGGAGGGCUCCAGCACUGAAAGUCAAGGUGCGCAUAAAGACAACAACAGUGCAACAGAGAGUGCGAGUGCCGACGAGGACAAGGACAAAGGUGGAAGUGCAUUGAAAGAUACCUGCAGUGAUGGCGGUAAAGUUGCCAUCAAGGCAGCCAGUGAGGAUAAUGAAGAGGAAGCAGAGAUGAAAGCAGUAUCCACAUCUCCAGGAGGAAGAUUCCUUAAAUUUGACAUUGAGCUGGGAAGAGGGUCCUUCAAAACUGUCUACAAAGGCCUGGAUACGGAGACCUGGGUGGAGGUGGCCUGGUGUGAAUUGCAGGACCGCAAAUUGUCAAAGGUGGAACGUCAGCGCUUUAAAGAGGAAGCAGAGAUGUUAAAGGGUCUUCAACAUCCCAACAUCGUUCGUUUCUAUGACUUCUGGGAAUCACCUCUCAAAGGAAAGAAGUGCAUCGUAUUAGUAACAGAACUGAUGACAUCAGGGACAUUGAAAACCUACCUGAAGCGUUUCAAGGUAAUGAAACCCAAGGUGCUGAGAAGCUGGUGCAGACAAAUCCUUAAAGGCCUUCACUUUCUUCAUACCAGGACGCCUCCCAUCAUUCACAGAGACCUAAAAUGUGACAACAUCUUUAUUACUGGACCUACAGGGUCAGUCAAGAUAGGGGAUUUAGGACUGGCGACACUUAAAGCAGCUUCCUUUGCAAAGAGCGUCAUAGGUACUCCAGAGUUCAUGGCUCCAGAGAUGUAUGAAGAGCAUUAUGAUGAGGCGGUUGAUGUCUACGCUUUUGGGAUGUGUAUGCUAGAGAUGGCCACCUCAGAGUAUCCCUAUUCAGAGUGUCAAAAUGCUGCACAGAUUUACCGCAAAGUUACAAGUGGAGUGAAGCCAGCCAGCUACAACAAGGUCAUGGAUCCUGAAAUCAAGGAGAUAAUUGGCGAGUGUAUCUGCCAAAAGAAAGAGGAUCGGUACACCAUCAAAGACCUGUUGAACCAUGCUUUCUUUGCUGAAGACACAGGUGUUAGGGUGGAGCUUGCAGAGGAGGAUGAUGGGAAAAAGACUUCUAUAGCCCUCAAACUAUGGGUGGAAGACCACAAGAAGUUAAAAGGGAAGUACAAGGAGAGUGGAGCCAUUGAGUUCACAUUCGACUUGGAGAAGGAGGUCCCUGAGGUUGUGGCACAAGAAAUGGUGGACUCUGGUUUUUUCCACGAUAGUGAUGCCAAGACUGUUGGAAAGUCUCUCCGGGACCGUGUGGCACUGAUCAAGUGGAGAAGAGGGAGAACAGCAUCUGCUGCAGUUCCAGUGGAUCAGGGUGAAGGAGGACAUGGAAUCAGGAGGACACCGUCUGAGGGCAUCUCCGCCGGAGCAGCACAUGUAGGACAGCUCCCUGUGCUGGAACCAGAAGAUCUGGAGACAGAUCAGCAUUGCAGGCUGCAUAACCUGCCAACCAGUGCCACAUCGGUGACAUCCGACAGUACACUUGACAGCGGCAUGGGCUCCACUGUGUAUUCAGACUCCCACAGUAGCCAGCAGAGUGUCCUCUACCAGUCCCUUCUGGAGCCUAUAACUAUGGCAACACAGCAGUGCCGGAGUGGUUACCCACUUCAGACAGAGAGACCUCACUCCUGUGAAAAUGGUGAAAUCCGUGGGCCAACGCUGAGCCCAGACCUUAGGACUCGAUUGAGAAGCUCAGACCGGAGGGGAAGUGCUCCGGUUAUUGACCUUCAAAGGGCAAACUACAUUUCUCAACUCCACGCUUUUAUUCAGUCCCAGAGAUCAGUCAGUCCCAACCCCAUGCUACCAGAGAACCAGUCAGAAGUCAGCCCUACUGAGCCACACUCAGAGACUGAGGAUGGGUUUCCCCCACCAAGAGUUCUGCCAGUGCUGCACGUCUCCCCCGUUUCUUCACCCUCAGAGUGCCGCCGCCUAAGUGACACCAGCUUCAGACCAUCAUCAGAGGCCACCAGUGACGGUUUAACUCUCCCAUUGCCAAGUGAACGGAGACAUUCAGACAUCAGUGGCCUUCUGAGUUUAACCUCGAACCAUAAAUACCUUUCUGCAAUGCAAAGAAGCCACAUGUGCCAGUCCUGCCUCUCCAAGCUUCUGUUGAGGUCAAAAGAUGGGAGCCAAUCCUACCCCUCUGUCAUCCCAACACAUCACUGUCCAUGUGAUGUAAGACAGCACCCAUUAUAUGGUGGAAAAAUUUGCAGCAAUAAUUAUGGGCAUCUAAAAAGUUUAAAUGAUUAUUCAAAUUUCUCUAUGCUGCAGCAGUCCCUGUUUAAUAUAAUCAGCCGCAGAGCAGCCCCUAGUCACACCACGGCCCCCCAGACCUCUCUGCUGCAGUCCUCUGUAGUCCAGAGGCCUUCCCACAGUGAUGGAGACUCUGGCCUAAACAGUAAUUCUCAGUUUGGCUGCUUGCAUAAGGACCAGGAAUCUCUCCAGGAGUGUGAAGACGGACUUUGUUCCAGAGAGCAACAAACUACCACUGCUCCGGGAGUGGCCAGCUCAGCAGGUCACCAGAAUCAACCAUCAGUCCAGGGCCUGCCCUCUUCCAGCACAGCAGUGCCACAGCAGUACCUUCAGGCUGGACACAGCUACCCAGCUGCUCCAUAUGCUGGUCAGUCCAGUGCUGCCCCACCAGCACCAACCAGUCUAUGCUCUGUAAACAUCCAGCAACAAACUCAAGCUGGAGUAAGCAUUGCAACAUCAGCUGUGCCACAACAUGUUGCGCAAAACUAUCAAGCAACAGGACAACAUCAGCAGGCGACAGCAGCAAGUGCUAUGACUUUUCCUUUGCAAGUCCAUCAAACUUUUCAGAACUCUGUAACAUCAGCUCAACAAUAUUCUCAAUCUGCAUCAGGAUAUCCUGGUUCAAAUCAGCCUCAGACAGCAGCGUCCACCCUGACAGCACAGCAGCAAGCACAAAGCUGCCCUCUUGCAUCAGUUGCACCAGCCAUAGCAACCACAGUCCAGGGUCAGACUGCACGUGCCCCCAGCACACCUCAGCAUGCCCAAGCAGCAGUGAAGCCGCAGAGUCAACAGCCUGGUCAGAGCUCCUCCACACCAGCACUUUACAACCAACAAAUAUCCACGUACCAAGAGCACCAACAACCCUUACCACAAAAUACGCAAGUAUCAAGUAUACAGCAGAUAGUAAAUGCUGGACAGACUUAUCAUCAGCAUAAACAAGAAACUGUACAAACCAUGUGCCAUCAAAUGGUACAACCAUCUAACCUCCCAUCUCAAAGUCUUCAGUUUCCUACUCAGCCGCAAGUACAGAAACCACCAGUUCAACAGCAGAGUUCAAAGGUCAUGCAGACCUCUGUCCCACAGCAGCACCAGGAUGUAUCUCAGUCUCAUCCAACAACCACCCCAGUUGUGCAGGCAUCCGCAGAGCAUCAAAGUCACUUUGUGCCAGUUCUACCUGAUACUGCCUCUCAGAGUUAUGCACAUUCUGCACCUGGCCAGGCCCAGUACCUGUCAGCACAGUCUGUUUCUGCAGGACUAAGUUACAAAGGAGCUAACCAAGUAGAAACUGCUCAGAACAUUUCAGUUUCUUCCCAGCAAAGCCAUGCUGCACAAAUCACUCAGGUUCGUCAUCAGACUCAGGUCACCCAUCCUGAGUCUGUUGCCAGUGCUCAGCCUGUGCAGUCUGUUCAGCUCGCACAAUCUGCAGCCUUCUCCUCACUUGUGCAGAAUGAAGCAGACCGGUGCAAAGCCACUGUAGUCGCACAGCUGGACAACAUCAAAUCAUGCCAGCUACCCCCACAGGCCCAGCACCAGAGUAGUGUUCAAAGCCAAAUUCCUGUGCUGCAAUCUUCUGACUCACAGAGAGCAUCAUCUGGGUCAGCCAGCUCCACUUUUCCACAGCAGAAAACGCUCAAUACUGUCUCAGGAGCUGCAGGUCAAGGUCCAGCAGAGUCUAACUUGGAGGAUCAAGCUGCAGAAAAACACACUGGAGGGCAAAGCUGUGACAGUGUCAACUCUGAUGCCACAUCAGGAAAGGAGACGAGCGACGGCUAUGAAGGGACGCACGGAAGCAAAGGAGAGGGGAAAGUUCGCAAACACCAUCGCAGGUCCACGCGCACUCGUUCUCGCCAGGAAAAGAUUAGCAGACCAAAGCUGGGCAUGCUUAAUGUGUGUAACACUGGAGACAAGAUGGUAGAAUGUCAGUUGGAGACUCAUAACCAUAAAAUGGUCACGUUCAAGUUUGACCUGGAUGGAGAUGCACCAGAAGAGAUUGCAACUUACAUGGUGGAGAAUGAUUUCAUUCUGCCUCUUGAGAAAGAGGUCUUUAUUGAACAGCUGAAGGACAUUGUAGACAAGGCAGAGGACAUGCUGAGUGAGGACACAGAGGGUGAAAGGUUCUCUGACCAGAGAUGCAGCCCUAAACAGAGUGAAGGAGCUGGUGCACUCAGAGCAGAGGUUUUACAACCCAGUACUCCUCAACUAGUGUACCAACAAAAUGUCCUCCAUACUGGCAAGCGCUGGUUUAUCAUCUGCCCUGUGGCUGAGACACCCAUGCAAGACAAGGAAAAUCCUUUAUCACAAACCUCUGGAUCCCAGGAAUAUGAAAAGUCUGGUUCAUUGUCGGGCAGGACCAACAGCAACGCAGCUGCAGUGAUAACACCAGUCACAUCCUUAUCUUCCCAAAGCCCCUCUACCUCCUCAUUACCCACCUCAGCACAACCUCCGGACCAAAUCAUUGGCAAAUCCCAGGUCCAGCAGACCCAGCCCAGUGUAACUAAGCAUCCUCUUGCUGCUGGGGGCAUCAGCCAUCAAAACUCCUAUUCUGUUGAAGACUCUUGCAUAUCUGCAGAUAUGCCAUGCUGUGCAAUUGUGCCACCUGUCUCUCUGGAUGUAAAUGCUAGUAAUAAAGGAGCAGGAGCUGGUGUUUUCGCCUCAUCACAAACUGAUCAACAUAAUGAAGAGGCCAGUCCUACUUCAGAACUACCUCCCCAUGUUGCCUGCCACCAGUCUGUGGUCCUGCAACAGCCCUAUGCCACACCAAUGCAGCCUGGGACAGUGACAUCCCAGCCUCAGAGUCCGGCACAUCAAAACCCCCAGAUGUCAAGCCAGCAGCAGUGUGGAGGACAGGGAGAGUCCGACAGCGAGGGGCCACGCAGAGUGGAGUUUGUUGACCGUACCAUCAAGACCUUGGAUGAAAAGCUCAGAAACCUGUUGUACCAGGAGCACGCUCCCUCCCAGCCCCCCAGCAAUACUUCUGAACCCCAGGCUUCCAGCACAGAAGGCUUGAGCUCCCCUCCACUCUCAGAUGGCCAGAGCACAGAGGGGCCGCUCGCUAAGAAAAAGAUGGAACCACUGCCCCAGAUUCCUGAGCGCACGGAUAGUGUUGGUACGUUAAACGAUUCUGCUGUGGAAGCCUCUAACAGUACUUUGAACAGAAAAGAUGUGAUUGAGGGCUCACACAACUCCAAAAGCCGUUUUCAAAUCAUCCCCACUCCUCCAGAUGUCAUUUGUCGUUUAGAGAAGAGCAAGAUGAGCUGCAGCACGUGCAGUUCCCCAGCACCCUCUAGUGGUUCCAGCGUGUCCUACAGCCAGACACAGAGCUCAGGCAGGAGAGAGGACUGUGUGGCAGUUUUCAGAUCCUGUGUGACAUCUGAAGCUCACAAUGAAAAUCCAGAAAAGCUCAGACCUCUCAGUGCUAGUCAUCACUCUGCCCCAGAAAAUUUCUACCAGUGUACCCCCACCUCUAGUCCGGAAACUACUCCACGCCAUAUCCCUCGAGCCCACACUAUUGACGCUCCAACCCAUCAUCACAAUCAGCAGUCGUCACACCUCUACUCAGACUCAGCUGACGAGGACAGCAGCAGCGUGACGCUUCCUCAAGCUCAAGCUGCUCCUCCAGCUCAGGCCAUGUCUGAGCACAGUGGAAGUGACCUCAUGAAAAGGGCGGUUGCCUUCUUGCGGCGCUCUGGUCGAAGCAAAAGUGAGCAGAGGUCUGAUUCACCGAGCCAACAGCCUGUGGUGAUGAAUGGUCACACUCCUUCACCUUCUGCGGGACACCCACCCCCAUCUUACAUCAGCAGUGACAAUGAUUCUGAGUUCGAGGAUGCAGAUAUGAAAAAAGAACUACAGAAACUCAGAGAAAAACACAUGAAGGAAAUCUCUGAGCUGCAGGCAUUUCAGAGAAGCGAGAUUGAGAGGCUUUACAAGGAGCUGGGAAAAAGUCUGCCCCCUAAUGUGAGCCUGCUUCAUGCUGUUCCACCAAAUGGACGGAGGCGAAGAACCAGCAAACACAAGCUGAAAGCUGGAAAACUGCUCAAUCCAAUGGUGCAGCAGCUCAAAAAUAACCUGAACACCACUAGCACUGAAAGGAAAGGUGAGAGUGCUGCCAGUUCAUCUAGUUCCCCAGCUAGAAGCUCCCUUAUGUCAGAUGGCUCGGCUCACUCCAGUGGCAGCUCCAGCUCCAGCAAUCGGCCAAAUCCCCUCCAGGAGCAGGUCCAUACCCAGCAACCCUGUUCCUUGAAGGGCUCCUUCUCCUCCGACAACCUCAGUGCUAGGGGACAUGGCGAUGGAAUGGCCAGCCCAGCUGGCCACGGCCAAGGCUGGACGGUUUACCACCAAACGUCAGAGAGAGUCACCUAUAAAUCUAGUAGCAAACCACGCACUAGAUUCCUCAGUGGACCUGUGUCUCUGUCCAUCUGGUCCACUCUGAAACGCCUAUGUCUAGGCAAAGAGCGCAGUAGUAGGUCGUCUCUGAAUGCCACUACAGCCCCGACAGCCUCAAGUCAGACACAGCCAUCAGUCACAGCAGCCACAGCUUCACAGCCAUCUCAGCCAUUUGCACGGCUCGGCCAGGUUCAGUCCAACAACAGCAACAACAACAGAGGCACGUUUACUGAUGAUCUUCACAAGCUGGUAGAUGAUUGGAGAAAAGAGACGGUAGCAGCGGCCAGCCAACGACGACCCUCCCUGAACGAGAUGAAGCAGCAGAGACGCCACUCACUCAUGGGAGCAGUUGCGCCUGAGAUGAAACGCCAUGUUGUUCCCAACAAGUUCCAGGUGCCUCUCUCAUGCCCAAUGACUGCUGCUUUAGCGCCUGGUAUGCCUGCAACCCUAGCACCAAAUUCCUCUGCAAUGCUGUCUCCUGGUUACCUUGUUCCAGCGGGCUCCUAUGGUGGGAUGGUCCGCAGUCCUCUUCAUCCCCCGUGGCCCGGCAUACCUAGUCCUGUAGGGCCCGUGACUCCUGUAGGCUUGCUUGGUGCUCCAAGAGUGAUGCCCUACGUUACAAUGGCAAACCCAGGAAUCCAAACCUUCCCUUUGUUCAUGCACAACCCUGAGAUUGGUCCCUCUUCAAAAACCACUAGGACUACCUGAUCUGCUAACUGAGAUGUGUUGGUGUGUGUCUGCAGGACAGUCCAAAUCCACUCUGCUCUAUUCACUGGUGGCACACAUGUACAUAGUCAGAUCUUGUAAAUAACAUGAAGUGUUGGUAUUCUUUAUACAACACAUAUCUGUAAUAAAUUGUGUGUGUGUGUGCGUGAGUAUGUAUGUGUACAUGAUAAUGAUACCCUUAGAAAGUAUGUCUGAAUAUCUAAUGCUUUUUAGCUUUGGUCUUUACUAAACUUGGCCAUAGAGGACAGUUUAUCUGUAGUCACAAACCAAUUUCACUCUGUUCUUUCUUGCUGCCGUUUCCACAUUUUGCUUUUGUCUUUUUGUUUUAUGUGCACUUAAACACUACAUUGCAAUCCAAAUAUGAGUGGCUUUGGAUCCUGUAACAGGAUAGUAUUUAUGAUGUAAAAUGUUUGCAGGAAUGCAGUGCCUUGAACCUUGAUUUCUUUUCAAGCAUUUCUGCAUCCAAGUUAUUUUGAUGGUACCUUGAGUACAGAUUUACAGUUUGUUUUUGUUUAGUUUUUUUUUUGUUAAUGAUUCUUUUUUUCUUUUUAGUUUACAUAUGAAUGCCCUUCUAGUACUGCACUAUUAACACAGUAUAUACUCUUAUUUAAAUAUUAGAACCAUGUUUUAACACUUGUUUACUUUUCACCCCUGUGACAGAUGGACUGCCAUAGUGGUGAGAUGUUCUGAUGCCUUGCAGAUACAAACGGUAAAUGUACGACUGAGGGAUGGGAAAAAGUAUUCGCCAGCAGCCAAAAUCCAUUCAGGUCAAAUGGUUCACUCGGACACAGCUUCUUUCUUGACUGGACAGCCGUUGGUUGGACAGCACAAGAGCUGGUAGUGUUGUAAAGGAAAGAUGGUGUCCAGAGCCAUUCAUACUGUACAUAGUUCUUUCUACAGUAAAUGCCUCUGGUGGUGUCCUGAUCAGAAUGUAGCAAUUGAUAUGUGAAGGCUUGAGGCUUAAAAGUGCAAUUUAAUCCCUCCAUAAAGCUUUGAUUGUGGCCAUGCCACAAGCCUUAUCUUUGACGUGUGCGACAUGAGCAAGCUAAAAAAAGUUGAGCAAAGUUACAGAUCACAAAGCAACAGUUAAGAUUACCUGGCAAAUUAUAAAUACCACGAACCACCGAGCAAACACUGAAUUCACUGCUGCAAAAUGUUCCUUCAACUUGGCUCGUACUCUGUGUACACUGUAUGUAAAAUGUUCUGUGCAAUCACCAAUUCAAUUUGAUGUUUUUAACUUAUUUGGUGUUUAGAGUUUUUUGUUUUUUUGUUUUUGAUGCUGCUAUUUAUCGAGGUGAUUGACUGUACAGUUAAGUGUUCUGUUCUUAUACGACGGUACUUAGGUAAGAAGACUUUAAAUCAACAGGGGACAUGCUCACAAGUCAGUGUUGCCUUGUUGACAGAUUGACCCAGGUUGUUUUUGAUGCCUGACCCCCCCCCCCCCCCCCUUUUUUUCCAAUAAUGUACUGCAAAAUUGAAAUGAUACUUGAUGUGGGAGAUUUGCACAAUAUACAAUCUCUUUAUUCUACAUAAGCUAUGAUAAUUUUUUUCAAAUCACUGACAAGCAUGGCCUAACUAUUCAUGUUCCACUAAGCAAAAAAUAAAAUAAUAGAUAUAAUGGUUAAAAAUGUCACAUCUUCACAACACAUUCAAGAGGUUUCAGCACCCCUGUCUUGCCAAAGCUGUGAAUUGAAUAGUUCUGUUGCAGCCUGUAUUCGUACUUUACACCUUUUUUUCUUUUUUCUUUUUUUUUUCUUUAUUUUUGACCAUUUGGAGGCAGGUUGCUUUGAUGUAUAUUAUUCCAUCAAUUCGGUUUGAAUUGGAUUUUUAUAGGAUAUUAUGCAGAGUCUUCUGCUUUGGUGAAAUACUUCCAAUAGUAAGAGAUUUCUGUUCUCUGUCACUUUUAUCUGGUAUGUUUUAUUCUGCCUCCCUUACUGCUGGCUGCAGAGAUGGGAAUAACCACUACUGACAUAUUCACUUGGAUGCUGUGAUCAAAUGGAGAUCAGUGAAAUGAAAGGGGGAGUAGUCCUAACACUUCUCCCUCUGCAAGUCACUUCUCUGUGGAUGUCAUUGCCCUCUUAUGGAUAUGCUGUGAUUGUCAAAAGCUUGUAUUUAACUGUGUGGGAUUGCUUUUGCCUGCUGUACGUCCCACUGCAUUACCCCACCCUGUCCUGCUGCACUCUUAUCACAACUGUAUGUUGAGAGAGAAAUAAAUAUUUUGUGCUUGA